AUGUAUUCAUCACAGAGUCAAGCCUUGAGCGGCAACCGACAGGAUGGGAAGUGUGUGGUGCCUCCGGCUGACGUCAAGAACGCUGACUCCUUCGAUUAUUCUGUUUAUGUUUCUGAUGUGAACAUGGUGGUUGAGGCGGACCCUUUAAAUGGCGUCAAAUGUAAUGUGGUUGACCAGACGAAGCAACGAGCCCAGAAAAUGGUGCCGGGAUCGGAUCAAGUAAUGAACGAUUUACAGACGAAGCUGAUGCAGACGAUGGUGGUGGGGGAGACACACAACAUCAGCACGCCCAACGGCGUCCAUAUAACUAUGGGACUGUUACCAGUGAGCAGCUUAUUAGGAAGGAUUGAGGUGGGAGAGACGGGCGGGGCAGUAACGCUGCCCCACUCCUUCUGUCCCUUUUCCAACUGCUCACACGAUCCUGCCCUUGGCUUUACUGUUCGCCAGUGGCCCACCAACUUAUUCACUUUUUCGGGCGGUGCAAACAUGCUCUCACCGGGAACCAAGAUCAUUGAAUUUAGCCUCCAUACGCGCAACCUGGAGGAGGUGCAGGUGGACGGCCUUCCACCGGAGCACGCCGUUUAUGUCCAUAUCCCGAAAACGGCAGGAGCGAACGGCAACACAACUCUACCAGCCAUGGUGAGUGUUGACGCCAUCAACCAGUCCUCCCGGCAGAUCAUUCCAGUCAUAUACACCACCUUCAACGUGUCUGUGGUGAGUAAUACGCAACUUCGUGUAAACUUUUCUGUGCUUCUAACUACUUUCUUAGUAUCAGUAUUAAGGAGAGCAAUCAAGUUACCAAAAUUCAUGCCUCAAUCAACCAUCACGUUGGAGCUGGCCCCAGACGCUAGCAACCCUCGCCUCUUUAUUCUCAUUGACAAGCCACGCUUACCAACGCUAAAGUCCAGCAUGAGAUUCUCUCUGGUGAAUGACUUGCCAGUGAACAAUGGAACAUAUACGUUAUUCCUGCUGGCUAAGGAGCUUGCUGGUUUAGGCCGGUACUUUGUGGGCGUCGGCGAGUUCAGGAAGGACUUUAACAUGAGUCUGAUGGACGACCCUGUGACGAGGAACAACGUCAACAUGGACGUGAUUAAGAAUAUAUCAACUAACUAUAAGAUACGAAUCACAGUCAAUGGAGUUGCUUUUCUGAACAAAACAACGAUGAAGUGGGAGACAGGAGGUCUUGAGAUUAUAAAUGCAACAGAGACUCUAACCACAUGUACAACCAACCACCUCACAAGUUUCGGCGCCAGCAUGUUCGUGAUGCCUAACACAGUGGAUUUCAACUAUGUCUUCGCUCACAUGGGAUUUACGGACAACUUGACCAUUUACCUCACGCUCAUCAUCUGUCUCUCCAUCUUUGUUAUCUUACUUAUUUGGGCUCGAAUCUAUGACAAAAAGGAUCUUGAGAAGCUUGGAGCGGCGCCUCUGCCCGACAAUAAGGUGGAGGACAAGUACUUGUACGAGAUCGCAGUCUUCACGGGAAACAUCAAGGGCGCCCAGACGGACUCCGUCGUGCAGUUCAUUCUGUCGGGAGAACAUGAUGAGACAGACGUGCGGACCAUUGGGGAUGACAGACGCAAGAUCCUGCGCAAGGGCGACGUUGAUAUCUUCGUCAUGACCGUCCCGAGACCACUUGGAGCCCUGCAGUUGCUGAGAGUGUGGCACGACAACAGUGGCAAGGGUGUCAACGCCUCCUGGUUCCUCAACUGCAUUAUCAUCACAGACGUCCAGACGGAGACGAAAUACCACUUUAUCGCUGACCAGUGGUUUGCUGUGGAGAGUUAUGAUGGCCAGGUUGAACGUCUCCUUCCAGUGGCAGGAGAGGAGGAGAAGAAAAAGUUUAAGUUCCUGAUGGAGACGAACGCUAACAGCAGACUUACUGACGAACACCUCUGGUUCUCAGUCUUCCUCCGACCCAAACGAUCACGUUUUACAAGGUGCCAGCGGGUAGCCUGCUGUUUUGGUGUUCUGUUCCUCAAGAUGCUGGUUGAAGCCAUGUGGUAUGAGAGGGAACCAGAGAAGCCCAGUCCUGGAAGCCUUAGUCUGGGACCCUUCAACUUGAGCCCUGAAGUGGUUGGUAUUGGUCUGAUGAGUAACCUGAUCGUCUUCCCACCGACAAUACUCAUGGUGUUGUUCUUCCGUAAGGCCCGACCCAGGAGACUCCGCAGGUCCCGCAUCACCCUCGCGCUGGAGAGAACCAGAUUAUCAAAGAGCCAAAACAGUGAGAGUUGCAGUCGGUCUUCUGAUGCAGCUCAUCAUCCACCUCACUCACCUCCACACUCAUCUGACUCACCUCUACAGUCUGGUGAACUAUCCCAUGAGUCACGGCACUCAAAUGAACCUGAAAAGUCUGAGGAAAAAAUUGAGAAGAGCAUCACUCUGCCCUGGUGGUUCAUGCUGAUUGCCUGGGCCUUAGCCGUCGUGUGUAUUAGUGUGUCCUGUUUCUUCCUGCUCAUGUACGGCAUCACGUUUGGUAACGAGAAGACUACUAAGUGGAUAUCAGCCCUCAUUAUCUCCUUCUUCACGGAAAUUCUCCUUCAGGAACCUAUAAAGAUAAUUGUGAUCGCCAUGGUGAUGAGCGCCAUAUGUAAGACUAGCGACUUGGAGGAGGACGACUCCGAGGAGGACCAAGAGGAACCACAACUGGAAAGGGAUGAAGAUUGGCUACACCCGGGAAACGAGAGUACCCAUUCCCGGAAGCACAAGAGGCUGGAUGACGAGACGUUGGAGAGACUCAGGAAGGAAAGGCAGCAAGAAAUUGACAUGUGGAAGAUCAUGACAGAAAUCGUCGCAUACUCAAUCUUCCUCUGGGUUUUCCUCACCAUAACAUAUGGUAGCAGUGUUACCCAGUAA